UCUGCUCAGCACCUCCACUUGUGGGGCCCCUCGACCUCAUCACCGCCACCAUCGUCGUAUCUUUGAUUCUCUCCUUAUGCGACCAUCAUCUUUCCGGCAGGAAGGGAAUGUUGGAUAGCUUCUUCAAGCCGGACGGGUCAGACUCAGAUCCCUGGUUUUGUUUUCUCUUCGAUUUUCCCAAAGACUCAAAUCAGUGAACCAAACGGGCCUAGUUUUAGAGUUGCAUUAGGCAGUAGCGGUGGCGCAUGAUCAGAUUGUUCCGUCCCACUAAAUCUACCUCACGAUCAUGCAUCGCUUUAUCAGCACAUUCUAUUUCCUCUCAAUUAAGCCACCCCCACCAUUACCAAUCCACGGCUUCUGUGGACUUCGACUCCCAUCUCUACGCGGCUACGCUUCAGAAAUGCAUACACAACGGUGACUAUUGCUCCGGAAAAUGCCUUCACUGUCAUGUCAUUAAGACAGGCGCUUCUUUGGACUUAUUUGCAUUUAACGUUCUUCUUAAUCUGUAUGUAAAGUCUGAUUCUUUGACCGAUGCAUCUCAACUGUUCGAUGAAAUGCCCAGUAGUAACACUGUCUCCUUCACUACAUUGGCUCAGGGUUACAUGCGCUCACUUCAAUUCCCUGCAGCUCUUGACUUAUUCCUUAGGUUAUUCAGAGGAGGCCACCAGCUCAAUCCUUUUGUUUUCACAUCCAUUCUCAAGUUGCUUGUCAGUAUGGACCGCGCACAGAUGUGUUUCUCUAUUCAUGCGUGUAUUUAUAAGCUUGGUUAUCACUCUGACGCGUUUGUUGGUACUGCUCUUAUUGAUGCCUACUCUGUUUGUGGGUGUGUUGAUGUUGCUAGAAGUGUUUUCGAUGACAUUCUUUUUAAGGACAUGGUCACUUGGACUGGCAUGGUAGCUUGCUAUGCUGAGAAUGACUGCUUUAACUGUUCAUUACAACUUUUCUCCCACAUGAGGCUAAUAGGUUACAAACUAAACAACUUUGUCAUCACUGCGGUGCUCAAGUCCUGUCUUGGCUUACAGGCCUUUUGCCUUGGCAUGAGUAUUCAUGCAUGUGCUUUGAAAACUCAUUACGAACAGGAUCUUUAUGUUGGGCUUGCACUGCUGGAAUUGUAUAGUAAGUCCCAAGAUCUUGAUGCUGCACGGCAAUUUUUUGAGGAAAUGCCUAAAACUGAUCUUAUUCCUUGGAGUCUAAUGAUCUCUCGGUACGCUCAGAGUGACAAAAGUGUAGAGGCUUUGGAGUUGUUCCAGCGUUUGAGGCAAUCAUCCAUUGUCCCUAAUCAGUUUACAUUCGCUAGUGUAUUGCAAGCUUGUGCGGCUUUACCUGCAUUAAAUUUGGGGGAGCAAAUUCACUCUUAUGUCCUGAAAGUUGGUCUUGACUCAAAUGUGUUUGUGUCUAAUACCCUCAUUGAUGUUUAUGCCAAGUGUAGUAAAAUGGAGAACUCUAUGAAAUUAUUUGUGGAAUCACCUGAGCAUAAUGAAGUGACUUGGAAUACCAUGAUUGUUGGUUAUGUGCAGUUAGGAGACGAGGAGAAGGCACUAAAUAUGUUUGUAUCCAUGGUUGCUUAUCCCAUACAGCCAACCGAAGUGACAUACUCCUGUGUUCUUCGUGCCUGUGCGAGUUUAACAUCAUUGAAUCAAGGACAUCAGAUUCAUUCUUUAACUAUCAAAACCAUAUACGAUAAGGACACUGUAGUUGCCAAUUCAUUGGUAGAUAUGUAUGCCAAAUGUGGUAACAUUCGUGAUGCCCGAAUAGUAUUUGAUAAGAUGGGAAAUCGAGAUGAAGUUUCAUGGAAUGCUAUGAUCUGUGGAUAUUCCAUGCAUGGCCUAGGUGUGGAGGCUCUAAAUAUAUUUGAAAUGAUGCGACAAUCUAAUUGUAAACCAAAUAAACUAACUUUUGUUGGUGUCCUAUCUGGAUGUAGCAAUGCAGGACUGCUAGAUAAAGGACAAGUACUCUUUAAGUCAAUGAUGCAAGACUAUGGCAUCAAACCAUGUAUAGAACAUUAUACUUGCAUGGUCUGGCUUCUUGGAAGGUCAGGCCAUCUUGAGAAAGCUGUGAAACUCAUUGGUGAAAUUCCAUUUCAGCCUAGUGUUAUGGUGUGGCGAGCAUUGCUUGGUGCUUGUGUCAUCCACAAUAAUAUUGAUCUUGGAAGGGUCUGUGCCAAACGUGUACUUGAGAUGGAUCCACAUGACGAUGCAACCCAUAUACUUCUGUCAAACAUGUAUGCCACAGCAAGGAGAUGGGACGGUGUUGCUUCUAUUAGAAAAGUUAUGCACACAAAAGGAGUCAGGAAGGAGCCAGGGUUAAGUUGGAUUGAGGAUCAAGGUGUGGUUCACUAUUUUACUGCCGGGAACACCUGUCAUCCUGACAUUAAACUUAUCAGUGCAAUGCUUGAAUGGUUAAACAAAAAAACGAGGGAGGAAGGAUAUGUACCCAAUAUCAAUGCCGUUUUGCUCGAUAUGGAGGAUGUUGAAAAAGCACGUCUCUUGUGGGUUCACAGUGAAAGAUUGGCUCUUGCGUUUGGACUGAUUCGAUUGCCGCGUGGUUGUCCUAUACAUAUCAUAAAAAAUCUCCGUAUAUGUGUAGAUUGCCACAUUGUUAUGAAGUUGGUCUCCAAAAUUGUGCAGCGAGAUAUUAUUAUCAGAGAUAUGAAUAGGUUUCACCAUUUUCAGCAUGGGAUUUGCUCCUGUGGUGAUUAUUGGUGAAUGAUGUAAUUCAAGUUCCAGAAUCACAAAUUCCCAUUUUCAUUUUGCGGUUGCCUGCAAGAAAUUCUUGUUUCACUUGAAGGUAAACUUGUAUAGGCAAAUGGUCAUGUCAUAUAUGGUAUCAUUACCAGGGAUGAUUCGUUUUUGAUCUUAGGAUCUUGUCACUAGCUUUCUUCGAGCAAAACUUUCAAACAAAGAUGUGAAGUAAUAUGCUUCUUCUUGAUACUUUUAUUGUUUCAUCCUCACCUCUGCUAUGUAUAUUUCAUUACAUUACUGGGACAACUUUGCAGGCCAUUCGCUUUACCUUUUUUGCCUAUUCAGAUCUUACUCUUCUGUUACAAAAGGGGCAAUAAUGCUUUACUGCUUCCACUUCGUUUUAUUUAUGUUGCUCUCUCUUAGUCAUUCACCUCACACACUUUAUUUGACUUGCUCUUGGACCAUCAAUUCUGCCAAAAUGUGGCCCACCCUACAUUGUUGACUAUUUGUUUUUGGGUUGUGCAUCUUGUACAGGAUUGAAGAAGUCAAGAAAACUUGGAUAAAGUACUUUUAGUGAUAGCUAUGAGGUUCUUCCGUUUAACAUAACAGUGAGAAAAGUUCUUUGGAAGAAUAGUUCAUCUAGUGCUGAAUUUACUAGCUUUUAAGAGUUGAUCUCUGUUUCAAAGAUGUCCAUUUCCUACAUUUAUCUUGGCAGGAACGAGCUUUCGGGCACAAUUCGUCCUCAACUUUUUUAGCUCGCAAAUCAUCCUGAUACAUGGGUAAGAACUGAGAAAAAAAUCCAGUUUUCACCAGAUGGAAGGGUGUAAUAUGGUCGGGUCUGCGGGGAGACUCUCCAUUCAUUGUGAUGGCAAAACAGACUCCUUUUUUUUUUUUUUUAAGCCACGGAAUUACUGAGAAACAAUGCUGCUUAGACUGAAGGAGGGAACUUGACCAGAGCUUCUUUUGCUAUAGUCUAAGUGUUUUGUGCACUGUAUUGAGUCAUAAUGUUUAUGGUUUAUAAAAAGGGUAAAUUGUAUACAACUUUCCUAAACUUUAUGUCAUGUACAAAUAACCUUCAUUUUUAACGUUUUACAAUAAAUCCUCCUAAACUCUUAAA